CUCAAGCGCGAAAAUACCUCCUUUAACAAAGCAAUUGACGGCCAAUUCCCAUCAUGCUUCCCAUUGAAGAGCACUUGCACAAAGUGCAGGAUAAAAAUCCACGUUCCACAGAAACUCUUAUCACAUGAAUAUUUGCAUCCUGUUCUUCCAACCUUAUUGACUGAAGCAAUUAGUCUUCCACGGUCAAAAUCUACAAUGCGUUUUUCGUCUUUUCUACUUGUGUCAUUUGUCGGUUAUAUCUACGUUGUAAAUGGAAACAUUUACUUGACAAAUCAGAGCUCCGCUAGUUCCACCUCACUCUGCCAACUUCAAGCUGAUAAUUGCCAAUGUAGUUGCAAUACACAUGGGGGAUUGUUGCCGAAAUUGGAAAUCAAUUGUAGUGGAACAGGGGGUACCACGUCCCCGUUUGAUCUGUUCCAGAUAGCUACCAGGUCUUUUGGCUUUCCCACACGACGCACAAAUGCGCACAUUCCCAAGCUCUUCUCCAGAGCGGUCAGCUUGACACUCAAUAUUAAAGCAUGUACGGACAACCUGAUAUUGGCGCCCAAUUUCCUGUCAGGGCUUCAUUACAGCUUUCAACUAAAAAGUAGGAGCAUAAAAGUAAUGAUAUCAGACAUGGAUCACGUUCAAGUUCGAGGUGGAGCUUUUGAUGUGCGUAUUACCCCUUCCAAGUCGCUCUUUGUUCAAGCCAUCAUCGACAGGAUCAAAAAUCUGACCAUAACCACACACUCGUUUCAUGGCCCAUCCUUGGAGACCAUCAAGUUGACUCGCUCUGGGUUGUCCUCCAUGUCCCAAGAAUCGUUUUCCAACUUAGCCUUGGACUCACUCAUGGUUGAGGGUUGUAAUAUAUCAUCUAUACCCACUCAGGCCAUCGGCUCAGAUGUUCAAGUGAAUCACUUCAACUUCGUUGACAAUUGGGUGGGUAAAGUAGAUAAAGGCUCGAUUGGUCUUGUUGGAAGAGACCAAAUCACCUUUUCCUCGAACUCCUUCAAGAUCCUAGAGGAAAACGCCUUUCAGGAUUUGAACGCAACCAAACUGAAGUUUAAGGGCAAUUCGUUGGGUUCAUUUGUACCCAGAAUGUUAUCCUUUGGCAUAGGCGAAGAUCAAAUCGAUUUUGCUGAUAAUACUAUCUUGGAGGUGUGCCACUGCAAACUACUCUACCAACACUUGUUUAGUGAAAAUUCGAGUUUCUUGCCGGAAUUGUGGUGUCUGCAAGAGGAUCAACCCGCGAUCACAGUUGUGGAAUACAUAAAAACUGUAUGUUCAGAUAAAAAUGUCAGAAGUGGGUUAACACCUGAGCAUUUAGAUUGGUGCCAAUUGUCAAACCAGAGUAUAGUUUGCGACUGCCACACUACACUCGCUCAAACUGAUGUCAAAAUGGACAAGAGUACUGUGUUGAAAAUCGAAUUCCGGAAUUGCCCAGCAUUUGAAUUGCAUGUCAAGGAGAUUACGGAUUUUCCUCAACUAGAAACAUUUAUUGUGAGUGGGACAGGAUCACUCCAAAUAUUUCCCCUUGAGUCGCCAAAAGAACCGCGAGAAAAAGGAGGCGUCAAACUGUUCUUCAAUAACGUUACGCUCAGGGAUGCCAUCAAGCCAGAUACAUUUUGUGGUCCCAAUUUCAAGGAGAUUGUCUUCCAAGACAGCGAAAUCAACUUCAUUGAUCGAAAGGCCUUUCAUGAGCUGACUCAACUCGAUCUGAUCGAAUUUCAAAACUGCCAUAUCUUGGGAGACAUUAGCAAACAGGCCUUCUUGAAUGUGACGGUCAAACAGUUCCUCAUUGACAAUAGCAACUUGGGAACAUUAGACACAAAAUCUUUUGGGCUCCAGGUCGAGGAAGCUUUCUUGGUGCUAAAUACGAAUAUCAGUGAUAUCCACACCCAUGCAUGGAAGCCCAUUGAACUUUUAACAGAAGAUACAAGAUUCAUUUUGAAGCACGUUUGGGUGACAGAAAGAUUCGAGGAAGGCUCGUUAGAAGUUUCAAAUCCCGAUCAAUUGGAAGCCGAACACGUGGUUCUUCCUAUGGAUUGUGAUUGUGACAUGCAUGACAUUGAGCUCGUUCAUCAUGACCAACCAAGAUUUCAUCAUGAUCUCAGUACCUUGGUGUCCAAUCUUUGGUGUCUGGGACAAACUGGAGAGUUAAUCAAAUGGAAGCUUUUCGAUCACGACCAUUGCGAUGACGAAGAAGGUCACGAUCAUAGCUUCUUAGCCUAUGACGAGAAAGGGCUUCAUUUGACAAAGUGGGCUGUUCUAGCGAUCAUUCUCGUGUUAGCCUUGAUCAUUGUAAUGGUCAUAGGAGUUAUACUUAAGUUCAAGAACAAUCCAAUCCUAGCCCCUCAUUUGCCUAUUGUUGAUGAGGACGAUGAUGAGAACUGGAAAAGGAUCAGCUUUGAGGCCAUGCGAUAUCGCUCCAAAUCUAGUGGGCAACAAGAUCUGAGGACACGGAGAAGAGAAUCUUUACCAGGAAUGCUCCAACCUCCUGGAUACCACACACAUCCAAGUCUGGCCUUGUUUCAUCGGGUUUCGAUCAAAAGCUUGAAACAAGGCGACGGUUUGAUGCACGAAACAGAGACAUUUGAGCUUCACCCUCGUUUUGAUCGGACUCUGGAUAUCAUUCAGGAUACUCAUCCGGACCGAAUAUCGGCUCGCCAAUCCAUACCAGUAACGUCAGUGUAAAUCAAUUUACUUCAUAUAUUUAUUCUUGAAACAAAAUGGGAUUAGUCUUUUUUUUCAUCAAAAACAUUGGAUGAAACGUGGCGUCUGGUCUAAUGCAGUGCAUGCAUGACUCAUCAACGGGAUAGGUAAGGAGCUAUUUCAGCCGCUAGAAACAGAUAAGAAGUAACCCAAACUGAGCCUGUCAAGAAACAAUUGGCUACUAAAGGCUACUAGAGAGGAGGGCUUUCGGCUUUCCCCCACUCCUCUUACACCGAGUGUCCUGGUGACUUUUUCUAAUAGAUACACUAACACAUGUAGUACGUAUGCAUGCACAGUACUGUACGUAGUCUGUAUGAACAAUAUUGACGAAUAUGUAGUCAUGGACUCGCCGAUCAAGCGAGCUCUCAUCAGUCCACGUUAGGUCGCCAUAAAUAGAGCUCCCGUGUCAGACCGAAAUUACGGCACUACAAUGUGAGACAAUCAUUAUGACAGUCGAUACUCGUUGAGUAAUAAACGCUUCAACUUGAAUGGUGACGGAACCACAAUGGGAUCGAUGGCCUCGAUGUGCUCAUCCGUGGAGGUUCAUGCCGACGAGUCCAAACCAGAGUUCACCGAUCUGAACAUGAACCACAUGUUCUUGGGUGCUAUUUAUUCCGUUCCUGAUCGACGCUUCAGUUCAUCAAGUCUGGACAUGGAUUUAAGAUCUUCCACUGGCUCUAUUCGGAGUGGAGUCGAUAAAAAGGUCAACCUUGAUUACUACAAAGGCAGGGACACUGAAUCGAUUGGAAAUCCGCUUCAAAAGGACAUACCCACCAAGGUCGCCCUAAAUCCCGAAAGUAAAGAGCUCUUAAUGGCUUCCGCAAUCACGAGAGAACAAUUGAUAGACAUCCCUUGGAUUGAGGAGGACGCUGUGACGGUCAGAACGUUGGACUUGUCUCUUGGUUCUACAGAAAUUGAGGUAGUUCAAUGACAAGAAUAAGCCAAUACUCAGCCAGACAUUGCAUCAAAUGUGAAUGGAACCGGCAACCCCUUGUUGGGUCCACAGGAGAAAGCCAAAGCAGGCCAAUCUAUUGUGGGGCACCGUCAUGAACCGACCUGGAUGGCCAAACCCAUCCUUUUACUAUGAAAUACAAUUUUGCUUCAAUGUUUA